AGAAGAAGAAGGAAGGAAGGCAAAGGGGAACGCAAAAAGAAUCAAAGAAACACUGACAAAUGACUAUCUACUGAAAGAGCGGAGGACAACAAGUACGGAGGAGACGAGAAGGAAACGAACCGAGGAAGCAACGCAAGGAAGCAAAGGAAGGAGACGAAAAUUAGAGGAUUGGUGUUGCAUGGAGAGACGAUGGAUUCAAAAAGCAGGAAUGCCCCUCCAGACCUCAGCUUCCUGCCUCGCCCGGCGCUGGUCUGGUGCGAGCGUGGGAUCCAGGUGCUGCUGACCACCAUGGGAGCCUUCGCCGCCUUCUCCCUCAUGACCGUCGCCAUAGGAACGGACUACUGGCUGUACGCGCGCGCCUUCAUCUGCAACAGCACUGCAAACUCCUCCCAGGAUGACUCCAACUCCAACAAGGACAAGAAGGACCCCGGGGCCCUCACACACUCUGGGCUCUGGAGGAUCUGCUGUCUGGAGGGUCAGAAGCGUGGUGUCUGCUCACAGAUCAACCAUUUCCCCGAAGACGCAGACUACGACCAGGACGCAGCCGAAUACCUGCUCCGAGUGGUGCGGGCGUCCAGUAUCUUCCCCAUUCUUAGUGCCAUCUUGCUGCUAUUGGGGGGAGUGUGCGUUGCUUCCAGUGGAUUUUACAAAAGCAAACGAAACAUCAUUCUGGGAGGAGGGAUCCUGUUUGUGGCUGCAGGUCUGAGUAACAUCAUCGGCGUGAUCGUGUACAUUUCUGCUGCCCUGAGCGACAUCUCUCCUAAAAAAGACGAGGACAAAAAGUGGCACUACUCAUAUGGCUGGUCCUUCUACUUCGGUGGGCUCUCAUUCAUUUUGGCCGAGAUGGUUGGAGUUUUAGCCGUUAACAUUUACAUUGAGAAGAACAAGGAACUACGUUGCCGAUCACGCACGGACUUAUUCAAAAGCACGACCCACGCCGUCCUCCGCCUUCCCAGCUACCGGUUCAGACGGCGUUCCCGCUCUAGCUCCCGCUCCACCGAUCCUCCGCGCUCCCAGGAAAAUUCGCCAAUCGGAGCAUCGAAAUCCUUCAACCUUCCUCCGUCUGCACCGCCAUUUUCAGUCGCGACUCUACCCAAUCCGCAUCACAGCUCCAGCGCAGGUAGCGGAGGUGAUAUCUCGAUGUAUACGUUAUCCCGGGACUCCAAAUUGGGUGCACCUCCGCUUUACGGCACGGUUGACAGGGCAACGCUUUACCAACUCCACAACUACUUCCCCAAAGAUUCGACUGGAGGCAGCGGAGGAGGAGGAGGAGGAGGGGGAGGAGCGAUAAACAGCGGGACUCUGCCUUCCCAUUCCAAGUCUAACCUAGCGACGGCCGCGGCUCAGAACACGGCGCCGCUCAAUACGUCCACGGCAACCUCCGGGACGACCCAGCAGCCCCCGGUUUCCACGGCGACCAUGGAGCGUGAUCGCGGCAAUGUGGGAACGCUGGACCGCCUCACCGCCAAACGGGACCGCGACAGCAACUCGGAUACGCUAAACAGGAAGACCACCCCAGUGUGAGGGACAGGGGGCGGGGCAAAGCAGUCACCAGGAACUAGAGAGUAUAUAUAGAGAGAAAGAUACAGAGGCAGCCAUAAUUUGGAGGGUAAACAAUAUGAACUAAUGACAACAAAUACUUGAACUACACGACCAGGCAAAUGUUUGGACACACUUUUUUAUUCAUGUUUCUUCUUUAUUUUCAUGCGUAUUUACAUCAUAGAAUCUCACUGAAGGCAUCAAAACUAUUAAUUCAUUAUAUAAAUUAAUACAUGUGGAACGUAGUAAACAUAAAAAAUAACCCAAGUGUUUCAGAUUUUAGAUUUUGAAAAAUGAGCCACCCUUUGCUUUUAUAACUGCUUAUAAAAGUGGAUACUAAAAAUAUAUAUUUAGUAGAGUUGUUUAACUUUGUUGCUUCAUAUAUCUGAUGUCUUCACUGUGCAUAUAAAAUGUAGAAAACUGAGAGAAAAACAACACUGAAUGAGAUGGUGUGUCCAAACGUUUGGCUGGUAGUGUAAAUGUCUACAAUAUUUAAUGGAAAAUAGGGUAGUUGAGAUAAGAUUUAAGCUCCUAGUGAAAAGCCCUAUUGUAGAGCCCUAUCCCAGACUGCACACAGACUCAGUAUAGUAAGGACUUAAUGUGAUGCUUUCAACAUGUACAAGAAUGUCCAGAAGUAGUGCGUUAUAAUAUAUAUAUAUACUGGACAUUUCGCUAGUUAAACCGAGACUAAAAGUAAAGUGAAUUAUUUGACUAUAUUGCAACAAAAUGUAAGUGUUUCUGGUGACUGACUUGCUUUAAUCAAUGACAAAUUAUAAGGGAUGUGUGGAUAAACAAUGGGAGACUGUGACUGUCCUUUGAGCCUGUGGUAUGUGGAGCGGCCAUUGUAAUCUAUAAUCUAUUAUAGAGCCAAGUAAUGCCAAACUCCCUCAGACCAGGUCUCCUGCUUCAUCCUGUCUGAACAUCAGCUCCACUUCUGUACCGAUUGGAUGAAUGACAACUGUAAUCUGAUGGAAAUUAGGAAUGCACCGAUACCGCUUUUUCACUCCUGAUACCGAUUCUUUGGCUUUAAGUUUCUGUGUAAACCCAAAAAUAACUGAUGCCAGUGUAGGGACUUCAAAACACAGUUAAAUUAUUACAAAAUGGAUUCAGUUGUGUUAUGUAACUGUUACUUAUCCUGUAAGUAACUACUUUGUAUAAAUAACAGUGAGAUUUUCUGGGCCAACUUCAGCCAGUAAAUAGUUUUGGUCACAUGGUCACAUUUUUAUAUAGCGCUUUUCCAACUUUAUGGCACUUUACAUCAAGGAACUACCCACUCAUUCAGACAUCUAUAAAUUAUGUGUAUGUCAAGAGCAGGAUUCAAACUGCCAACCUUCAGAUCAGUGGACAAACGCUUUACCAACUGAGCCACUGUCUUAUUACAUUCAAAUUAAAGACCUGCCCAGGCUAUCAGCUGAACCAAUAUAAUGGAACUGGUAUCUGUGCAAAUGUC